AUAUUUAUAUGUCCACCUAUUCCAUUGCUCGCAUCACUGUCUUCCUUAAUUGAAGGUCCCCUUCAUAUUCUCUCUCACACACAUGGAACCCGAGCAUUAUUUUCCUUCUCCCUCUCUCCUCUUAACCAGGUGGUGGACGACGGAGACGGUGGCGGUGGUGACGGGAGGGAACAAGGGCAUAGGGUUUGCAUUGGUGAAGCGUUUUGCGGAACUUGGAGUGAGUGUGGUGCUAACUGCUAGAAACAAGCAGAGAGGGGAAGCUGCGGUGGAGACACUGAGAGAAGAAGGGUUUGGUGAUUACGUUCAUUUUCUACUCCUCGAUGUCUCCGAUCCCGUUUCUGUUUCCACCUUUGCCUCUUCCUUCAAAACCAAGUUCGGAUCCACCUUGGACAUUCUGGUGAACAAUGCGGGGGUAUCGUACAAUGAACUGGAGGAGAACUCUGUGGACCACGCGGAAAGCGUGAUGAAGACCAACUUCUACGGUCCCAAGUUGCUGAUUCAGGCUCUUCUCCCUCUCUUCCGUCGCUCUUCUUCUUCCAUCACUCGUGUUCUCAACGUUAGCUCAAGGCUUGGCUCCCUCGAUAAGGUGAGAAACGCAGAGAUAAGAGCAGUGCUAGAGCGCGAGGAGUUGAUGGAGGAGGAGAUAGAGGGAGUGGUGGGAAUGUUCCUUAGAGACGUGAGGGAGGGACGGUGGAAGAAAGAAGGAUGGCCGUCGUACUGGACGGAGUACGCCGUGUCGAAGGUGGCUCUGAAUGCGUAUUCGAGGGUGUUGGCUAAGAGAUAUUCAUACGAGGGAAGUGGGUUGAGCGUGAACUGUUUUUGCCCUGGUUUCACUCAAACCUCCAUGACCAAGGGGAAGGGUACCCACACCGCCGAGGCCGCCGCCGCCUGCGCCGCCACCCUUGCAUUGCUUCCGCCGCACCUCUUGCCCACCGGAAAGUUCUUUUCCCUUGGAAGAGCCGCCACCUUCCUCAACGCCACUUCUAAACUCUGAUCCCCACACCUACGUAAUUAAUAAGCUUAAGCUAGCUUAAUACUUUAAUUACUACGUACUACCCACUAAUUCAUUAGUCCACUCAAAUGUGUGUUUACAUUGUAUUACACUCUUUCUUUGUCUGUCUUACCACCGGCGAAUUCUAGAAUAUUAAUGUUCUGGGAUUCUGUACCUGCUUUAAAUAUGUAGAGAAAGUUUUGUUGUUAUUUUUUAACAAGUAAUAUAUAUGUGAUAUUUCUUAA